AUGGCCUCGGACCCAUGGCGAGACACUUACGUGCUUCCUGAUUCUGUAAUAUUACAACGAGUGGAAACAACGAAGCGCGUUCAACAGGCUAUUCAACGGAAAUUCGGUUCCAAGUAUACUGUUGAGCUAUUUGGGAGUACAAGAUAUGGUGUAUCCUAUCCAACUAGCGAUUUAGAUAUGGUCAUAUUGGACCCAGAUAGACCACGUGGCUUUCCAUCUGCUCAUAAAGCCCUUCCUGGCAUAUACAACGUUCGACGAUUAAUGGGGGUUUUUACUAGAGCUGGUUUCAAAGAUAUCAAGGCAAGGCCGUUUGCAACCGUCCCCAUCGUUACCUUUCGAGACCCAAAAACUGGACUCUAUUGCGACAUCAACGUUAACGAGCGAAUGGGCCUUUUUAACUCGGAUUUAAUCAAACGCUACUGCCAACUGUCCCAUAUCCUCCGACCUAUGUUGUACGAAAUCAAGACGUGGGCCAAACCUCUCGACUUGAACAACCCAAGUGGUGGGGGACCUCGAAGUUUUAGCAGCUACGCUUUUGCCUUGAUGACGAUUGGCUUCUUACAAACAAAGGGCCUAUUGCCCAACUUGCAAGUUGAUAUACCCGCCACCACUCGGGCCAAGGCCAUAUUUUGGCCAUUGAACCGUAAAUAUGGCAAGUGUCUUGUUGGGUUUGACACCAGAGAUAGUUGGAAGGAUACGGGGUCGGGGGCUGUUGAUCUUCCAACAAUAUUGCGGGAAUGGUUUCUCUUUUGGGGGCAGGAGUUUGAUAAUUCCCUUCAUGUGAUGGACAUUCGUCGAGGUGGAUUGACCUUGGACGCAAUCGAGGUCGAGACCAAGCCCUGUCGAGAUGUAGUUGUUUUAGACCCCUUUAUCAUCACAAAAGUGAGGAGUCGCCAGCUACAAAAAGCCAUACUAACCUUUGAACUAGAAUGUUGCAACCUCAAUUGGUCACAGUGUGAUUGGAUCAUUCCGACAACACUGUCUGGAGGCCGCAGAAAAUUUGAAAGCCAGUAA